AUGGCUCAUCCAACCGACAGCUCGCAAACGAUCGAUACGAUCGAUCACCCGCCGACGCAAACGCAUGACGACGAUCAGUCUCCAAAGCUCGGCGAGGAAAUCGUCAUCGUCGACGCCGUAGACCCGGUCUCGGCCCCCGAGCCACACCCCGAAGGCGGAUACGGCUGGGUCGCUGUCAUUGCCAGCUUCUGGGUCCAUUUCUUUAUCGUCGGCGGCGCCUCGGCCUUUGGCGUGUAUCUGCAGCACUUUACCGCUGGGCAAAUCUUUCCAAAUGCCUCCAACCUGUCGAUCGCCUUUAUCGGCUCGAUCAGCGCCUGUGGCCUCUCUCUCUUUGCAAUCCCAGCCGGAAGACUGGCUGACAAGUACGGAUAUCGCCCCAUCGCCGUCAUUGGCGGCGUCAUGGCCGGCCUGGGCUACAUUGUUUCGUCCUUUGCGACAGAGACAUGGCACAUGUGGCUGACCCAGGCCGUUCUCUCGAGUAUCGGAAGUUCGUUUGCGUACAUGCCCGCCGUCAGCAUCAUUUCCCACUGGUUCGCAAAGAAGCGUGGAAUCGCCGUUGGCAUCGCUGUCGCCGGCAGCGGCGUCGGCGGCCUGGCCCUGAGUCCCCUGAUCCGCCUGCUCAUCCGACUCUUGGAGUGGCGCUGGGCUCUCCGCAUCAACGGCAUUGUGUGUCUCGUCGCCACGGUUGUCGCAGCGUUGUUCUACAAGACUCGUGUGGCAUCCAAGCGUGCAGCCGCGAUCGACUUUGGCAUGUUCAGGAUCUGGGACUUUACUUGUCUCUAUGUCAUCGCCUUCUUCAACACCUUUGGCUACUUCAUCCCGUUCUUCUUCCUGUCGUCCUAUGCUGUGUACUACGGCAUCUCGACCGACAAUGCUGCCCUGCUUGUCGGCAUCUUGAACGGUGCCUCGGCUGUCGGUCGCCUCCUCUGGGGAUACUUGGCUGAUCGUUUCGGCCACAUGAACACCCUGGCCCUGACCAUCACCGCCGCGUCGCUGUCGGUGCUGUUGAUAUGGCCGUUCUCGACCGCCUUCUGGUCCCUGAUGGUAUUCGCGAUCAUCUUUGGCAGCUUCAUCGGCGGCUUCAUCAGCUUGUUCCCAACUGUCAUCGCCGAGCUCUUCAAGACAAAGAACAUUGCCUCCAUCAACGGCAUGCUCUAUUCCAGCUUCAUGGUUGGAAACCUGAUCGGAUCUCCUUUGGCCGGCCUCAUCAUCGAUCGCUGCACCACGCACAACUCGGAUGGCUCCACCACGAUCAACUUUAUUCCUGCCAUGCUCUUUGGCGGAGCCUGCAUGUCCAUCGCCACAGUCCUUGUCCUUGGGUUGGCCGCGAGCAAAUGCAAAGUCAAGAGAACAGAGGAGGCAGCCAAGUCCACACAGGAAACGCUCUGA